UGGUGGGUGGCACACUCAUUCAAGCUCGAUGCUCCCCGUCCGGUCUCCCUUUCUCUCCUCGUCGUUACUUACUCCGAUUUCAUUCUCGUCCUUUGAAGCCGGCGAAUGAAUAGAGCUUCAACAAAACUCAUCAGAAAGGCAGCACCUUUCUCCUCCGAUGUACCUUCCAUAACCCCAAUUCCCCCCUCUUCUUCUUCUUCUUCUUCUUCUUCUUCUUCUUCUUCCCUGCAACUUAUUACUCCGCCAAGCUCCAAAUCCCUCGCGAACCCACUCUACACCUUCCUCCCCCAAACCCAAAACCCUAACGAAAUAGUCAAUAUCAUCUCUUCCUCUCUCAAACAACCCAAUGCCGAUCUCUGUCUUCUCCAAGCCCGGAUCAACCACCUCCUCCCUCAUCUGGGUCCCGCCGAAAUCUCGAGGGUUCUGCUGCGAUGUCAGUCCGAUUCAGUUUCAGCUCUAUCCUUCUUCAAUUGGGUGAAAUACGAUCUGGGUCUCAGCCCCACUCCCCGGAACUACUGCCUCAUCGUCCACAUCUUGGCAUGGUCCAAGGAGUUCAAACCGGCCAUGAAACUCCUCACCGAAUUGAUUCAGUCGGUUGAAGAGCUUUCAUCCGGUGAAGAUGUUUUCCAGAGCUUGGUGCUUCACUCGGAAGAUUGCAAUUGGGACCCUGUGGUUUUCGAUAUGCUUGUCAAGGCUCAUGUGAAAUUGGGCGGAGUGAAAGAAGGUUUCAAUGCGUUUAUGAAGGCUAUUGAAGCUGGCUUUGUUCCCACUGUGAGUUCAUGUAAUUGCCUCUUGAAUGGACUUCUGAAAUCGAAUCUCACUGCUCAAUGUUGGGAUGUUUAUGACGAAAUGGGGAGAACUGGGAUCCGCCCAAAUGAGUUCACUUUCAAUAUCUUGACUCAUGCAUUCUGCAGGAAUGGAGACGUUAGUAAAAUCAAUGAAUUCCUUGAGAAAAUGGAGGAGGAAGGGUUUGAGCCAGACAUUGUAACAUAUAACACUUUGAUUAGUAGUUAUUGUAGGAAGGGGAAGAUGGCUGAUGCUUAUUACCUGUAUAAGAUCAUGUACAAAAGAGGCGUGAUGCCAGAUUUGGUUUCGUAUACUUCAUUGAUGAAUGGUCUUUGUAGAGAAGGGAAGAUGAAGGAUGCUCAUCAGUUCUUCCACAGAAUGGUUCACCGGGGGUUGAACCCGGAUGUAGUGGCUUACAACACUCUGAUUUCGGGUUACUGUAGGGAAGGAAGGGUUCAAGAGGCUAAGGCAUUGAUGUAUCAGAUGAUAGGGAAUGGGAUUUGUCCCGAUAGUUUUACUUCCCGGGUUUUGAUCCUAGCAUACGGGAAGAAAGGUGGUAGGUUGAUUUCAGCUCUGAAUUUGGCCGUGGAGGUUGAGAGACUGGGUGUUCCGGUUUCAUGGGAUGUUUAUGAUUAUCUAGUAGUUCGUCUGUGUGAAGAAGAAAAACCAUUUGCAGCCAAGAGUCUUGUGGAAAGGAAGGCUCGCGACGGUUAUGAACCCGACAUGCUAGUUUACGAAAAGCUCAUUGUCUCUCUCUGCAAAGUUGAUUGUUUGGUUGAUGCAUUGUUUAUGAAAUGCGAGAUCCUUCGUAGGGAAGGGAAACUGGGUGUUGAGACAUACAAAGCUCUCAUCUUUAGCUUGUGUAGAACAGGCAGAAGUGCAGAAGCUAAAUCUUUGGCCGACGAGAUGGUUCUAGAUGGGAUAGUUUUGGAUUUAGAAAUAUGCAGAGCUUUGAUAUUCGGGUACUGCAAAGAACGGGAUGUGGGCAAAGCACAAGCAUUGUUGGAAUCAUUUGCUAUGGGAGUUGGCAUCUUCGACAAUGAGAGUUACCAUGAAGUUGCUAGGGUUCUGUCCGAAGAAGGUGGUGAUAUGAUGAAGCUGCAACAGAGGAUGUCGAAGGUAGGCUAUAAACCCAGUAGCUUGACUUUCAUGUACACGAUCCAGGCUAUGACAAAGAAUUCCAAGCGAGUAAGCAAGGAGAGAGAAACUUGUUCUCCAUCAUUGAUCUGCUUAGAAGCCUAGUCUUACUCCAUUGAAGUCGGCCUGAAAGGGCCAAUUAGACCCGAGAUGCCACCAUUUCAUGGUGUUCUUCAUUCAAUUUGUGCUUUACCAUUCUAUUUUUGAGCUUCUGAUAAAAAGUUAGCAUACUUCUCUUCAGUGAGAUUAAACUUGUACCUUUUUUAAAGGAGUUGCAGUGAAAAUGUAUAGUUCGCACAAGGGUCACCUGCAGAUUCCUAUCUGUGUGUAAAGUACAUCGCAAAAACUAUACCAAAGUUCAUAUAGCUCUCUAUCUCUCCAUCUUAAAUCUUAUCCAACUACUGCAACUUUCUUCUAAACCUUAUUAUAGCAUUGUUGAUUUAGCUCUAGAUGAGACUAACAACUUAGCUCUAUUACAUGGUUUAACAAACGCAACCGACUGAU